AUGGGUACAUCCUACAGGAACACAACUCUGCUCCUCAAUAGCAGCUUGCCCAAUAUCACUGCCCGGCCAUGGAGUGUGUACGCAGACUGUGAAGGCAGAUUUGGUGGUGUAAUGUUUUACCUAAUAGCACAGAGCAUCAACGUCGUUCUUGGUCUGCCAGCUAACAUGAUGGCACUGUGGCUUUUGCUGACAAGCACAAGCGACUCCUCCGUUUCUGACAUCUUCAUACUGAACUUGUCCUUCUUGGAUGCUUUUUUUUGUCUAAUGGCCCCCCUUGAUCUGAGUAACAUAUUAUUUCUGAAUAACCAGAGCAUUUUGCACGUCCAGCUUUUUGUCUAUGGCAUAAAGGACUGUUCUCCUCUCUUUCUCUCAAGUAUUUGCUUGGACCGGUACAUGGCAGUGAUGCAUCCCAUCGCAUUCUUGAAAUUCAAGGGUCGCAAACAGCGCAUCGCUUUAUCUGCAGCAAUGUGGGGGAUCACCUUAGCCUAUGCCAUAGCCAAAGCUAUCGGGGGGAUUGAAAACCUUGAGAAGAUAUUCAAUGUCACCAUCCUGGCUUCCUUUUCAUUCAUGGUCUUCUGUAACACCUCAAUCCUUUGGGCUCUGAGGAGAUCUGGACCGGGGAAAGACGAGUUGCACCCCAUGAAGAAGAAGGCCUUCAAGAUGGUUCUUUUGAUUCUGACCGUUACAGUGUUUAAUUACCUCCCCCCUGUGGCUCUUUUCCCAUUCCAGGCGUAUUUCUCGACCACUAUGUUCAAGUGUUAUGUCAGUCUCAUGUCUUUCGCCUGCAUGGAUCUCAGCAGCAGCAUUCAGCCUUUGUUCUAUCUGUUGAAAGACAGGAUUCUGCACUUGUCAGUUUCAAAGGUGUGCUGUUAA